AUGGGUACUAAAAGAAAGAGAGUGAUAAUGCAGGCGGGAUCCCUUUUGAAUCCAAUCUUUAGAUACAUUUUGAAGAUGAAUUUCGUUGCCAAUCCCACAGAUGUUCAUGGCACAAGGCUACUGAGACACUUGCAAUAUCAAACAAUGAAUCUUAAUAAGAAAUUGCACCAGCCUAACUUUGAAUCCCAUUACAGAGAGUCAGUCGAAUGCAUUUCAAGUAAAUGGGAAAUCAAAUUUGUGAAUGGGUGGGAGAGAACAUUCUACAUGAAAUACGCAGACAUGUCGACUUUACAUCAAACUAUCAGACAAUACAAUCAUUUCAUCGAAGGUCAAAGGGCUCUUCAAGGCGAGGAUGAUGAACCCGAGGAUACCCUUUUAUAAUAUUGAAUAAAAUAUAUGAGAGAGAAUAAUCAGUGCGGGAUUUAUUAUAUUUC